AUGGUGCAGUGGACAGCCGAGGAGAAGGCUCUCAUCACCGGCCUCUGGAGCAAGGUCAAUGUGGCCGAGUGCGGCGCCGAGGCACUGGCCAGGCUGCUGAUCGUCUACCCCUGGACCCAGAGGUUCUUUGCCACCUUUGGGAACCUGUCCAGCCCCACRGCCAUCACUGGCAACCCCAUGGUCCGUGCUCAUGGCAAGAAGGUGCUGACCUCCUUCGGGGAAGCYAUCAAGAACCUGGACAGCAUCAAGAAAUGUUUUGCUCAGCUGAGCAAACUCCACUGUGACAAACUGCAUGUGGAUCCCGAGAAUUUCAGG